GGGGCUCAGACAGCGCGAAGCACCGGAGAGUGAAGUCCGGGAGAUCUGGCGCCGCAUGGAGGACGGGACUCUGCUGCUGCCGCCCCUGGCCGGCCUAACCGCCACGGCCGGGAUUACCGGGCUGCUGCUGUACAAGCUGCUCCGCAGGAAACGGCCGACACACGUGAAGGUGAACUGCUGGUUCUGCAGCCAGAACACUGUGGUGCCCUAUGGAAACCGAAACUGCUGGGACUGCCCCAACUGCGAACAGUACAAUGGCUUUCAAGAGAAUGGUGACUACAAUAAACCUAUUCCGGCACAACACAGCGAACAUCUAAACCAUCUGGUGUCCGGUGGGAGCACAAUUGCAGAAGCUACAAAGCCACAGCAAUGGGUGAACUGUGGGACGCUGCUUUGUAGGAAAUGUAACAAUAAUCAGAGCACCAAGAUAAAGCAGCUGGCAUCGUUCUUACCCAGAGAGGAGGAGCAAUAUGAUACGGAGAUUGAAGUCUAUAAACACCACCUGGAGCAGAUGUACAAGCUCUGUCGGCCAUGCCAAACCGCCAUAGACAGUUAUAUCAAAUACCAAAACCGACAGCUGAGGGCCAUUAUGCUAAACCAACAGUUCAAGCGUCGGGAGCAGGACAAGACCUAUAUACAGCCCCAGAGCUCUUCAAACGCCUCAUUCAUUCGGAUCCCUACCAAGGUUGUCCUCCUCCGCUGCCUCGCAUUCCUGAGUUGCGCGUUCCUUGUGUCUGUUGCGUGGUGGGGCACAGGGGACCUUUUCUCUAUAAAAGACUCUACAAAUUUAGCUACUGAGGCCAGGAAUGAGUCUCGCCCAGGAGAUGCUGAGCGGCCGUCUCUUAUUGAGAAAGUCAUUGGAGUUCUGCCAGAGCAUACACUGGAAAACCUGAACGAGGCUUGGUGCUUCGGACGCGACCAUCAAAUCGGCUUAGCGUUUCUCGGCCUCUUGACUUGUGUCUUUGCCAUGUUCCUUGCCGGACGUAUUAGGAUGCGACGUGUUGACGCAUUUGCCUCAUUCCUCUGGGUCCUAGUGACGGGACUCUAUCUAUCCGAGGUGUACUUUCUGAAGGAAUCUCCAAGCUGGAUGGAGACAGUGAAGCUUGGCACCACUUCCUUGUGUUGCCUGGUCGGUCUCACCUCUGCAAUGGCAACAAAGAAAGCAGUUGGUCAACGGAGACAGCGUCCUCGAAGAUGUCUCUCUGGGGAUCCUCUGUCUUCGUUCAGACACAUGAACAGCACUAUAGUUCUUCCAGACCGUCCCACUCCAUUGCUGUCCACCCCGCCUGGUCUCCUGCAUCUACUGAGCCAACCGGCCUAUCGCUCCGAGCGCAGAGCGUCACCCUCAUCUCUACCCGGACGACUGAACCGAGCCCUGUCUCUUGGCACCAUCCCCUCCUUGGCACGGGCAGAUUCUGGAUAUCUCUUCAGCGGGAGCCGUCCAGCUUCUCGGUCUUCGGUGUACAAAGAAUCUCCUGGAUCAGAUUAUUUUUCCCUACUGUCCGGAAGCUGCGCAGUCUCGCCACUGCCUUCUCCCACACCAUCAGUGGCUGGUUCUGCCACCUCCAGCUGCGGGUCAUUGCUCCACAGGCGACCAUUAAUCAGCCCUGCUCGCCUUAACUUACAUGGACAAAAACUAGGCCUCUCACUGAACAGGGCACCGACCCGGACCAACAUUGAUGAAGUGUACCACCCCGACAGCAGCCUCAGCUCCCAUGAGUUCACUCCUAAGAUUGAAAAAAAUACCAUGAAACUUAUGACAGAAGCUGGCAGCAUAUCCAGUAAUCACAUACCCAAGAAGGAUAACUCCUCUCAUUCCUCUGCCUGUCAAGUAGACUCCACCACAGCGUUCCCGGAAUCUCCAUCCAAGUGGAAAAGUUGUGGAGGGUUGUCGCUGACUGGCAUCUUCUUGGCAAUGAGUUUCACCAUGAACCUGGUAAUGAUCGUCUUCUUCUACCAAAAAGUCCUGUGACCUCGUAUGAAGUCCUCAUUUCACCUGGUGCUUUUGAUCCUGACGCUGUGUGAUCAUCUGGGUUUUUUUUUCUUCCUCUGAUGUCGCCCAUCACUGGUGCUCUCUACUGACUCCUGGACACAGAGUCAUGACUACUCCAAGACAACCAUUUGAACUAUCUCGCUAGACUCGGGGCUUUCAGCCCUCUUCACCUGGAAGCUGCUAUUGACCAUGGCGAAUGGAGCCAGCCGCAUGUUCUGAUUUCUUCUGGGUGGAGCAGAUGGAUUUUACUUGCCAUUCUUUGGUGAUCUGUAAAUAACUUAUUGUAUAUGUGUUUAUACGUCUUAUCUCAUUGUCUGCGUCUUUCCUGAAGGAUCUCAACAUAAAGAUCUGUGAUUCCCAGUGGAUGGUCUUAAGAUACUGAUGCACAGUUGGCCAAUUUUGGUGUUUAAUCUGUACUUGCUGUAUGAUUCAGAAAAGUAGCGAAUUGCACCAAAUAUAUCAUGCCACUUUUUUUUUUAUUGUUUUACUAAUUUGGUGCAAUUGUUAAAUUUUUCCGCACCGUUCCAACUUGGAAGUUAAUGACAGACGGCCCCCAUCUCCCCUGUAGGUAAUUAAUUCCUAUAGGAUGCUAAUUGCCUGCCUUCUCCACACACAAUGGAUCCACUCCACAUAAAAUUUACAUUCUUGAUCCGGUCUAAAAAUUCGCAGUGAUACCCAGUUGUGUUUAAAUUCUGAUUUUGGUGCAGAUUCAGACACGGAUUUCACUUUGCAUAGCGGUGAAUGAAAUCUGUGAACAUGUAGGGCAUGCUGUGGAUUUGAAAAUCUGCUGUGGAUUUUUUGCACUGCAAGAUAAGAUAAUGCAGAUUUGGGCCUGUUUCACACUAGUUGUAAAGGAUCUCUCUGCAUUCCAGCAUUGCCGGAAGCAACCGCAUCACCGUCCGGCCCCAUUUGCGAUCCGGCCGCAACCGGAAGAAGCAGCCGGACAAAUACCGCGGCGUGCGGUGUCUGGCUGCUUCUUGGUAUGUUUGCCUUUUUGAGGCCUGAUCUCCCCCAGUCCCCAUUGUAGUGAAUAGGGCCCGUGGGUGUCGGGUAGCAUCCGGCAGUGCUGGAUCCAGACCUCUCCGGCAGGCUGCUUCCUGUAAAACUUGCCUUACUUACAAUGUACUGUACUGUGUACGGAUUCCGCAACAAUUCUACUUAUUUAUUGGUUUUCAGGUUUGUGGCCACAAGCCACAGUUUACACAGGUAUUUCCAUAUUCCAAUGUGCGAACUUAUAAAGCGGUUGCAGACGAUGAAACUUAUUCUGCGUGGAAUCCUCUGUGACAUUGCUUCUAUUUUUGCUAACCAUUUUUUGUUCCUGCUUCAUUGUAUCAGAAAUAAAAGAAAUUC